CAAAUAUCUUAUCCAUUUCUAGAGCUUACAAUUUUUAACAAUUAACUAUGCAAGAUGCUGACGAUCAUAACAUUCCAUUGCUGGAUGAAAUUAUCUAUCCCGAUGUUGAGCCGGGAAUUAUUAAUCGUGCUUUAAUUGAAUCCUGUUACUUAGAAGAUGCACAUCGCGGCGAGGAACGUCGAUUACAUCAGUUGGAACCAAUUGUAUUGGAAAACAUAAAAUCCAUACGUAUUGAAAAUAAAAAUAUACUGCGAAUAGAUCACUUAUGGAUUUUACCCAAUCUGACAAAGCUCUGUUUAAAUUUCAACAAAAUUGAAGUUAUUGAGCAUUUGGAAAUGCUUACAGCACUCAAGGAACUAAAUUUAAGUUUUAAUUUAAUUGAAAAAAUUGAGAAUCUUGAUACGUUAGUAAAUUUGGAAAGCUUAUCCCUAUAUAGCAACAAAAUUACAAAAAUUGAAAAUUUGGAAUCAUUGGAAAAACUAGUUAUAUUAAGUAUAGGUAACAAUCUCAUCAUCAGUGUUGAAGGAAUUGAACGAUUUCGUUUUAUGAAGAAUUUAAAAGUAUUAAACUUGGAAGGUAAUCCAAUUGCCGAAAGCUCAGAAUUUUCGUUAUCAUUAUAUGUUAUUACCCUGCUGCCAAAUCUGAAUUAUUAUGAAUACAAUUUCAUUAAACAAGAGACAAGAGAAAAAGCAAACACCAUAUUCUUUCGAGAGUUACGAGAAAUUGAAAACUUUCAGGAAAAAGAAAUUCAAGCUCGUGAAACUCAGGAGCGUGAACUGGCAGAAGCUGAACGUUUAGCAUCCAGUUUUGUAGAUCAUUUGGAUGGAAGUCAAUUGUUUCAUUCAUUUUGGCGAGACGAUGCAGACGGUCGAGUUCUCAUGAUGGUGGGACAACAAGCCCAAGAAUUAGCCGAAGAAUAUGAAAAAGAUGUCUUUGAACUAACUCAGGAAAUUUAUAAAUUGGGCUUAAAACGAUUUGUGGAGAGAGAUGAAGAAAUUAAAGAUUUUAUGAAUAAUUUACUGGAUGGUCAGAAGGAUCUGCAAACUUCGGGGCAAAAGGAAAUCGAAGAGUUUAUAGUGUAUAAAGAUAAAAUUUUUGAUGAAGCUCGAGUAACAUUACGCAUGUUAGAGCAGAAUGUAAUGCAUGGCGAUGAUGAAGAUUCACUGGAAAAUCUAAAGCUGUCUGACAUUAUGGACAAACUGAAUGUUCACUUUGAAGAUGCAUUGAAUGAUAUGUGGCUGGUUCUUAUGUCUCAGGAAUUGCAUUUGCAUGAAACUAUUGAGGAGUCUACAACAAAUUUUCAUCGUAAAAUUUCCGAUAUGAUGUCAAAGUUUCUGGAACAAUCGCAGGCAUUUUUUGUUCAACUACGUGAAAUAUCUGUGCAUUUCUCCGAAAAUAUGACGGAAAUCGUAACUCGUUUCAUUUCAACUAAGCUGGCGAUGCAGGACUUUGAAGAUGUUCCACCUGAAUUGCGAGCUUGUAUGGAUGAUCGAGAUGCUGUAUUAAGUCUUAUAGCUGGGAUGAAAGAUGCUCACACCUUUCGAAUUGAUGAACGCGAAGAUCGCAUGACAACACGAAGUAAGGAAUUUAUUGAUAACAUGAUCAGCAAACUAAGCAAUGAAGAAGUCAAACGACACCGCGCAAAAUUAUUGGAAAUAAACUCUUUCAUUGAAAUGAUGACGGAAGAUAUGGCUUCUUUACCUCAUGAUAUACGAGAAGAAUUAAUUGCUGAGGAGUAUGGUGUUUAAUAUUUCUUUAAUUGUAUUUUAAAUUCGCGGUAAAAUAAAACAAGAAAUAAAAUGUA